CGUGGGCUUCGGGAAACGCCCCGCCUCCGCCUCCCUCUCUCUGGCGCUGCUCCUGGAGAAGGGCUGGAUGCAGUCACUUCCGGUGUCGCCGAUCUCUGUGUCCGGGUCAGCGCUGCCGCCGCUGCGGCCGGGGGUCUGGGCCCCCGUCUCCGCCGCGCACCGAGGGGAGCGGGCUCCGCUCGGCGCCGCCUUCUGCGACCUGGCCGUCCGCCCUACGUCGCCGGCCUGGAGAGGCGAGGAGGACGAAGGGGCCGAGGCGUCCUCCGGGGACAUUGGCUCUCUGGAUUAUCAGGGGCUUGUAGUUGACAUUGAGGCCAGGCUGAGGAUGGAAGGUGUGGAACUUAAGGAAGAAUGGCAAGAUGAAGAUUUUCCAAUACCUUUACCAGAAGAUGAUAGUAUUGACGCAGAUAUCCUAGAUAUAACUGGACCAGAGAGCCAGCCUGACUCACUAGAAGUUAAUGGGAAUAAAUUAAGAAAGAAACUAAUGGCCCCAGACAUUAGCCUGACGCUGGAUCCUAGCGAUGGCUCCGUGUUGUCAGAUGAUCUGGAUGAAAGUGGGGAGAUCGACCUAGAUGGCUUAGAUACACCAUCAGAGAACAGCAAUGAGUUUGAAUGGGAAGAUGAUCUUCCAAAACCCAAAACUACUGAAGUAAUUAGGAAAGACUCAAUGACUGAGUACACAGCGGCAGAGGAAAAGGAAGACGGACGGCGCUGGCGUUUGUUCAGGAUUGGAGAACAGGACCACAGGGUGGACAUGAAAGCAAUUGAACCCUAUAAAAAAGUUAUCAGCCAUGGAGGGUAUUACGGGGACGGAUUAAAUGCAAUUGUUGUAUUUGCUGUCUGUUUUAUGCCGGAAAGUAGUCAGCCCAACUACAGAUACCUGAUGGACAACCUCUUUAAAUAUGUUAUUGGCACUUUGGAGCUGUUAGUAGCAGAAAACUACAUGAUAGUUUACUUAAAUGGUGCAACAACUCGAAGAAAAAUGCCCAGUCUGGGAUGGCUCAGGAAAUGCUAUCAGCAAAUUGAUAGAAGGUUACGGAAAAACCUAAAAUCUCUAAUUAUUGUACAUCCCUCUUGGUUUAUCAGAACACUUCUGGCUGUUACAAGACCAUUUAUUAGCUCAAAAUUCAGCCAAAAAAUUAGAUACGUCUUUAAUCUGGCAGAACUAGCGGAGCUUGUCCCCAUGGAAUAUGUUGGCAUACCAGAAUGCAUAAAACAGUAUGAAGAAGAAAAGUUAAAAAAGAAACAAAAAAGAGUUGAUCAAGAGCUUAAUGGAAAACAAGAUGAGCCAAAAAGUGAACAGUAAGUUUGGCAUCUAGUCCACACAAGACUGAAGAAUGGGUCAAUGAAGCAAUGCUCUUUUUUUUUUUUUUUGCAUUUAUAAUGCAUUUAUUGACCCUUAUUUUUAUGUAACCCAUUACAAAUUGACUUGACUUUUUCUUAACGGACUUUUGUACAAGAGACUGUUCACUGCUGUAUUGGUUUGCAAAUCUCUUGAAUUUAGCUCUUUAAUAGCUAAUUAUAUUGUAAUCAUUUUAUAUUUUAUAUUGCAGUAUCAGAACCACACUUUAUAUAAAGCGGUUUUUGGAUUUGUUUAUUGAAUGAUGCAUCUUCGUUCAGUAAAAUAUUUAUAUGCAUAAAUGGUAAAGGAAAGAGAUAAUAUAUAUUUUUAUGUUUUUGAGCAAUAUUUUUUAAUGUAUACCGUCUUGUGGAAAAAUAUGCAGAUAAAUAAGACCAUGAUUUUGUAAAGUGCAUGUUAGAAAUUUUGUUUUUGUAAAUGGUUAGAUACAUUUCCUGGGUAACUUAGAAAAUUAAGUUGCUUAGAAGUGAGAGACAGUUAAACUGGGUCUCAUGAAUGCCCAAAGAUCCUGUUUGUUUAUGUACAUAAUCUAAGUAGAUUAGUACUAUCCUAAUUUUUUUUUCACAUAAUGUAUAUUGUUCCUUAAUUCUGAAGCUCAAAUACAAGUGCAUUGCACACCUUCCUUUUUAAGCUUAAAGACAAGUCAAAAAGCCAUCUUUGGAGCUAGAGAAUUUAAGAGAUUUGGAAUUGGACUGUGUAUAGAUGUAUAUAUGGAACAUUUUAUCUUCUGGCCAAAAGUCAGAACUUUAUAAAAAUCUUAAAUUUGUUCACUAAUGUGAAAUAAGCUGUGUGUCCAGGGUAUGACUCCCCGGACCUGGUAUGAGUGCUGUGUGCUGUUAGAGAGAAUGUGAUGAGUUAUUUACUGUCACUACUUCCUCCGUAGAAAACAAGGGCUGCUUUUUAAACUGCUCUCAGUGUGGGCACUUUACCAAAAUACUUCCAUAUCAGUUCCUUGUAAAUGGUAGGUGUUUGACCUAGUCACUUAUGGUAUGUUUCCACAUUUCUGUUGAAUUGUAUUUGACAGUACUGUAAAUUAGGUUAACUUUGUAAGUCUUAGAGCACCAUUGUACUGUGCUGUUUUUGAUGACACAUUUGAUAAAAGUGUAUAAACUCCUUGUUUAAUUUGAUAAAUACCUGUACUUUACAUUGAAAUAAAUUGUGCUUGUGCUUCCAAGAACUUAAUUAUGCACAGAACCACUCUACAACAGCAGCUUUACCACAGGCUGGGGCUGUUAAGUGUGAUUCAGUAACGUUCAGGUACGUGAACGAAUCUAGUACUGUGUCUGUAUACUGGUGUGAUCCAUACGUAUUUGGUAAACUUAAUACCCUCCAAGCACACUACUCUGCAGCCCUGCCUCGAAGGUAUUUUACACAAGAGUGACCUAGGGUAGCAAAACCGAAGUGGAUGUGAGCUAAGUUUUUAAGGUUUAUUCUGUUCUAGACUGAACACACAUGUGGCUCUUACCAUUGCCUUUCUUAGUAUGAAGUUCCUGUUACAAAAGGGGGUUUUCCUUUCGUUUUUGUCCUCCUCGGUCAUGAACUUGGCGCGCUAACUUAAAUCCAGUCGUGGAGAUGCUGGGGGCUUCCCAACAUGAGAGAUUCCUGAGCAGCUUCUUGGUUUAUCCUGGAUUUACCCUCAGCACCUGUAGGCAGACUCUGAACUAAUGCCAUUGUGGUGAAUAAAGCCAAAACCAUUACUGCACAAAUCUCAGCGACACUCGUGUUGGGGAAGAGACCACCAACAACUGAGGCAUUCCUUCUGAAUCCAUAGUGUGGGUAUUAUGGGUAAAGGGUCCUAGUGAAACGUGAUCACAUUCUUCGUUUAUAGAGCAUUUUGAGUAGGCUUUCAUCUGUGGGUCUUGUUCAAAGGGGCUGAGUGUUUUAAUAGGUGGUUUUCCACCAUAUUAAGUACUCAGUUCUUCUGUUUGAAAAAUGCAAGGAAUGAUUUUAACUCUUUAUUGUGUUAUUGACUCUUGCUUUUGCAAUCAUUGUUCUAACUAUAGAUGCAACUUGUUCCAAAAGUGAAAACUUUCCCUGACUUUUUUUUUUUUUUUUAACUAGAAAAAGCCUGCAUUCUACUAGGACAUUGACCGCACAAUUUAAGCUUAACAGUCUUUAACUCAGAGGGAGGUAUGAAAAAAUAUGGUCUAAUAGAGUCUGGCAGGGCAAUUGGGUAGGAAGAUAAAAUAAGGAAGUAAGAGAAAGAAAACUAUAAAGGGGUGAAGAGUUAGCUGUUGUCUAAGAUGCCACUGAAUUUAACCCUGUUGAGGGAAGUACUGCACGUGUGGCUGCUGGUGCUGCUAUUCCUGGAUCCAGCAAGAAAACAUGGCGGGCGACACACAGAAUGUGUCAAUAAGGAGACGUGGGAGCAAAGGGGAAAAAGACUGAUAAUACAUUGAAAUAAAUUGUGCUUGUGCUUCCAAGAGUUCAUAUUUUCCUCUGCUUUCUGUGUCUCCUCAUACAGAAGCAGGUUUAAACAGAGAGGGUCAGCAGUUCCACUGCUCAGAUGAAAGCUUAGGACUGGGUUCUUUUUCAUAUUCUGUGGUUGGUAUACUUGAAUGCAGUCUUCCAAAAUGGACAUCACUGUCUAGUACACCACACUGAAUACUGAAGUCUGCUGAUUGACGGGUAUAUAUAUCUGUAGCUAUGAUUUCUUCCACUGUAAAAUAAUCCCAGAAAUUUUUAGAAGGUAAAGGAUCCACUUUUUGGUAGAGACUUCCUUUAAAUGACUAUAUAGCAUUACUAUCUAUUUUUAUGUGACUGCUCAGGGAAUUUGGAAGAGUGCUUGAUUUAAUGCAGAAGUGGCUUUUUAGAUUUAAUUGACAGCUAAAUUAGGAUUUGUUCAGUAGAGGUAGCCAGUUUCCUAAUGAGGUUGGUGUGGUUGUAUCCAAGAUGACAGUAGCUUCAUCUUCCCUGUCCCACGUUAUAUGUGGACAAUUGACAUCACUCCAUCAGAAGGGAGGAGGAGACAGGCUGAAAAUAGAGAUCACUACACCAUUCUACUUUGUUUUGAUGCCUGUUCUUUCCCAACCUAUAGGUAUAUUUGAAAAGUGAAUCAUAAAACAAAUGUCAGAGGGAUGGGGUAGAUGGAAGAAUCAAUGUACUUAAUAAGUUAGGCCCACUAUUCUGUUAGAGAGCUUGUCUUAGAGAAGAGGAAUUGUGUAGACUGAGUUGCUGGGAGGGUCAGCUGCAUGGUGAGAGAAGGGAUGGGGAGAGUUAUCUAUUCCAUGCUCUGAGCUGGUACAGAAGAGUUAACGAGUGGCCUUCACGUUCCCCCACCCCUUCCUAAGAUUCUGAAUGCAUUAGGUCAAUGAUGAGGCCCAGUCAUGUAAUUUUCCUUUAACCUUCUAAAUGUCGGUUGUCAUCAAGUUGAUUCCAGCUCGUGUGUGUCAGAGUAGAAUUGUGCUCAAUAGGGUAUUCAGUGGCUGAUUUUUCAGAAGUGGGUUGCCAGGCCUUUCUUCUCAGGUGCCUCUGGUAGACUUGAAUUUCCAGCCUUUCAGCAGCUGAGCACAUUAACCGUGUGCACCACCCAGGGACUCCAAAGUUCUAAAUAGUAACCGAAAUAGGGCGGAGUGUGCAACGGUAAAGAGUGAUACUAAAAGUUACGCAGAACCAUUGGUUGCAACUGUGUGUGUGUGUGUGUGUGUGUGUGUGAUCUCAUUUCUUGUUUUGAGAACUAAAUUAAAAAAAAAAAUGCUAUGUAAAAAAUCACAUAAAGCAUUUGAUAACAAAUCAAGCACCAGACCAAGAGUUUAAUACUAUGGGGAUAUUAGGCAGUUGCAGAUAACUGUCUAAUUUUAUAAGACAUUCUUAAAAGGGUUAAAAUGUGAAUUUUGAGAUUUUUAUGUGUUUUCACAUUCAUUUUGACUAAGGAGGAAUGUGUAAAAUACUGUUAAAAACUGUCAGCUGCUCCACUGCACUUUUUGUAUACGGGCUGUCUAAAGUUACGUCCCUUAAACAGGUGUUUAAAAUUCGCUAGUAAAUAUUGGUGGUGUUCAUGCCCACUGACUUGAUAACAGCUGUUGGGACACCAUUCAUGUAGAACACAAUCCGGAGUUUGUUAGAACGAAUGCACUUUAAUUUCAAAAAUACUUUGUUACCACAAGUUCACAUGCUGUCAUUUAGACAAAAUUAAUGUAGUGUGAUCGUGUUUACAGCUAUUCAGGUGAUGUUGCCUAGACUAGUCCUGUCAGUUUACAGGGUGAGAAAUUCAGUUCUGGUAACUCUGUUUGUAAACUAACUGUUGAUGUGGUCCCUAUAAGAAAUCCUGGGGCUGGUCUGAUUUACUAAGGAGAUGUAAUAUUUCGUUUUCCUUUGGCCUGUAAGGAAUUACAGUAACUCCUGUCCUGGUUUGUUGCACAGCUUAUUUUUGCAACAUUAAUGACUUUAAAUAAAUGAAUUGGAAAUUUU